AUCUAAUUUAGCUUAUUAGCAUUAUUAUUAGCUUAUUGUACAGUGUUUGAUUGGCCCAGAGGCUGAUGACAAGUUCCUGCCACACUUCAGUAUAGUGCUGGGCAGAGGGUGGGGCUUCCCUUUUCCCCUGUCACUAGGGAGUGGUUAGUAAUGGGGGUCUAAAGGCCCCAGUAAAGAGAAGGCUUGGCGAAGUUGGGAUACAGGGACCCCAUGAAUGAGGUAAAGUCAGGACAGGGUAGUUAGACAGGGUAGAAAGUCUAGAUGUCCCUGAGGGUUUCUAUGACCAGUCUUAGUUAUACAGAGAACUCUGAGUAUCAUUUACAUAUGUAUUCUCUGUAAAAUUCAAGUACAAUGCUUGCUGAUGAUAAACUGAAGAGUUAAACUUGAUGGUCAAUUGCCUUUAUUGUAUACCCCAAAUAAACUAUGGAACCAUGUAGAUACUAAGAUACUGUUACAUGGCAAUGGCACAGCACAUUGGAGAUUUCAGAAUAUGCCAGAACGAACUGUAUUUUGUAAAGUAGACCUCCCUCUGAAUACGAAAGUGUGUGCACAAAAAUGAUCGAUUAUGUGCUUUGAAUGACAUGCCAGUGGUGAUUGUGAUGCUUUAGAAUGGAAGGAUAAUGAUCGUCCUUUAUAUCAUUGCCCUUAAGCUUUACAAAAUGUAAAUACCAUAUAUUUUUAGAAAGUAUAUAUUCAAAAUAAUUUAAUUAGAUUAACAUAGAUUAAACAUAUCUAUCUUCUCCAUACAUCACAAACUCGGCAGACGGACGGUACUUCUGGACAAAAUUCAUUAGAGCAAACUGCUGAAAGAGGCCUAACGCGUUUCGGGAUUGGAACCCGUAAUCAUAGGCUCAGGGGAAUAUCGGUGAGCAGGAGCGGUCUUUUUUCGGCUAUUUUUUUUAUCACUAAAUACAUGUCACACUUUUUCAGGAUCAAAUGGUUUUACUUGUCAUGGGAAACAUUGUAAAGUGGUCCUUGGCAUCAUAUGUCAGACCUAAAGAUUUAGCUUCCUAUCUUCUUGCUAUUGGAAUCUGUAACUUGUUGCUCUACUUUGCAUUCUACGUCAUCAUGAAGAAAACUCCCGCUGAAUCCAGAAAACACAACAAGGAUUGCAUUUUGCUUGGUUUCUUUGACGAUCAUGAUAUUUGGCACUUCUUGUCAUCGAUUGCAAUGUUUCCUGGUACUGCUCUUUAUGGCUGAUGACUUGGAUACUGUACAGAGAGAUAAGAUCUAUGUUUUCUGAGUCCUGCUUCUACAUAAUUGAAUAUUAUUUAUUUAAAAAAGUAAUGAAGAAGAAAUGCCAUGAGUGUAGUACUAUUUAGUAAUACAUUGGAGGGCUCUGCUCCUUUGACCUGCAGAAAGAAAAGUGGGCUGGACAAUCUCCAAACACAUUGCAAACAUAAAGAGAAGAAGAAACUUACUCUUUGUGAAAUUACUGAAAGAUGAAGAUAUUGUUAUGUCCAUCCCGGCAGCAAAUGCAAGAAAUAGUUGCAUUACCGAGGAUGCUAUUUAUCUUUAUGAAGGUUAUCAAACUGCACUUUAUUGCUAUAUAGGCCAGUUUUCAAUAUGUGUGAAGCCAUCAGUGUGGUCCACUUGCUACUUCUGCACCUACUGUAUGUGAGCCACAAGGUGUCACUGUUUUUUCUUAAUGAUGCCAAAAGGAAUCAGCACCGUUUUUGUCUAGUUUUAAUAGCUAGCUCUUAACACAUUGUAAUCCUUUUUUGUGACAACAUGUAAUUCAUUUAAUGCGUUGAGUCAGCUGGCCUGUAUUGGGUUAAUAUUUAUUUAAAGAAAAAAAGAAAUGGCUGACGCAACCGUCUUUUUAUAUUUCAAUGUCAACACUGUCAUUUUAGCCAAUCAGAACUGCAUAAUACAGAAUUUCUUUCAAGUAUAGAGCCAGAUAGAUGCCGCCUCUGAAAACUGACCUAUUGCUUGUAUUCUUUUUUAACUAGAGUAUCUGGAAUAGUGCAAAUUAAGGGCAGCUAUUUGUUGUAUGCCCACUGAUCCAAACAAAUCCUUUGCCAAGGUGAUGCCCUUGCUGGUACUAUGAGUAUAGGCUGGAUCUGUUUGAGGGCAGCACCAUUAAGAAAAUGUGCCAUCUUUUCCCUCUUUGACUAUGUCCCAUGUUUUACACCUGCUUUUAUUUCUUCUUUGUUCUAUACGUCUGAGAUUAAAAAAAAUACAAACAUAAAAAAGUAUCUUUCUGUUUGUUUGUUUCAUUCUGCAAAUAUUUAAGUCUUUUAGUGCCAGCAGAAUUUCACAUUUCAUCUGUGGAGCAUUUCCUAGGGG